AUGUCAUCGGUCAGUCGCCGCGCGUUAUUUCGGAACAUCAAUUACAGGUCCGACACGGAGUACGUGGUGAAAGUCGCCAAAUUCUUGUUAACACCUGUUGGCAUUUGGCCCCUCUACCGGGAUGACUCCACGCUCAGUAAAAUCAAGACCGCUCUUCAGACGAGCUUCAUAUUCAGCUUGAUGUGCUUUCUGCUUGUGCCGCACAUCAUCUACACCUUCUUCGACGCGGAGGAUCUGACCAGAUACAUGAAGGUGAUAGCCGCCCAGGUGUUCAGUUUGCUCGGCAUCAUCAAGUUCUGGACGAUGAUUAUCAACAGAGACGCGAUCAGGCACUGCCUGCAGCAGAUGGAGAUACAAUACAGAGACGUGGAGUGCGAGGAAGACCGAAUGGUGAUGGUCAGAAACGCCAAGGUUGGCAGGCAGUUCACAAUGAUGUAUAUGGGAUUGUUAUAUGGCGGAGCGUUGCCUUACCACAUAAUUAUGCCGUUGGUAGCGGACAAGAUCGUCAAGGAGGACAACACGACGCAUUUGCCAUUGCCAUACCUCAGCGACUAUAUCUUCUUCGUGGUGGAGAACUCGCCGUUUUACGAGAUCCUCUUUGUGACGCAGAUUCUCUUCAGUACCAUCAUCCUCUCCACGAACUGCGGCGUUUACAGUUUAAUCGCCACCUGCGUGAUGCACGCCUGCUGUUUAUUCGAGGUCGCGCGCAGGCAACUGGAAACGAUAGUCAUAAGUGGCACCGAUAACUUGCACGAAGGGUUCAGUCGAGUAAUCACGCAACACAUGCGAGCCCUCAGAUUUGUCGAAAUGAUCGAAAAUUCAUUAAAUAUCGUCUUUCUGUCGGAAAUGGUCGGAUGCACCAUUAUAAUAUGUUUCCUUGAGUACGGAGUCUUGAAGGAAUGGGAGGACAAUAAAUUAUUCGGCAUGGUCAUAUACUUCAUCCUAAUGAUCUCCAUUUUGGUGAACGUCUUCACCUUAUCGGUUAUCGGCGAUCGUCUUAAAGAAGAGAGCGAGAAGGUCGGGGAGACGUCGUAUUUCAUCGACUGGUACACAAUGCCGGCCAAAAACGCGAGCAAUCUAAUUAUGGUGAUGGUCAGGUCGAACCGUCCGUCAACCUUGACAGCUGCCAAGAUGUUCGACAUCUCUCUUCAAAGUUUCUGCGACGUAUGCAAAACAUCAGCGGCGUACUUCAACUUCAUUCGAAUGGUCGCGUCAUAA